AUGCUAAGCCGGGUACGCUCGGCGGUUGCGCACCUGGUGAGCUCCGGGGGUGUCCCGCCUCCGAACCCCAAGCCCCCGGACCUGCCAAACACGACCUCAGUGCCGCCGGCCCUCCCAGAAACUCCCAAGAGCCUGCCGGCCAGAGCUGGGACCGGGACCGGGACCGGGACCGGGACCGGGAGCGGGGCGCCUGCGAAGACCGUAGACACUCGAGCGAGCUUCUCCAGACCGACCUUUCUGCAGCUGAGCCCUGGGGGGCUGCGACGCGCCGAGGACCAAGCGGGCCGGGCUGUUCAGAGCCCCCCAGACACCGGCCGCCGCCUGCCCUGGAGCACGGGCUAUGCCGAGGUCAUCAACGCUGGCAAGAGCCGGCACAAUGAGGACCAGGCUUGCUGUGAGGUGGUGUAUGUGGAAGGCCGGAGGAGUGCCAGCGGGACACCUAAAGAGUCCAGUCAGGGCCAGGGACUCUGCUUCUACUAUUGGGGCCUAUUUGAUGGACAUGCAGGGGGUGGAGCUGCAGACAUGGCCUCCAGGCUCCUGCAUCGCCACAUCCGGGAGCAGCUCAAGGACCUGGUGGAGAUACUUCAGGACCCCUGUCCACCCCCCCUCUGCCUGUCAUCCUCGCCCGGGGCCUCUAACCCUUCCCACCUGGUUGGCCCUCAGUCCUGCUGGUCUUCUCAAAAGGAAGUGACCCAUGAAAGCCUGGUUGUGGGGGCCAUUGAGAAUGCUUUUCAGCUGAUGGAUGAACAGAUGGCCCGGGAGCGGCGUGGCCAUCAGGUGGAGGGGGGCUGCUGUGCACUGGUUGUACUCUACCUGCUCGGGAAACUGUACGUGGCCAAUGCAGGCGACAGCAGGGCCAUCGUUGUCCGGAAUGGUGAAAUCAUUCCAAUGUCCCGGGAGUUUACCCCGGAGACUGAGCGUCAACGGCUUCAGCUGCUUGGCUUCCUCAAACCAGAGCUGCUGGGCAGUGAAUUUACUCACCUUGAGUUCCCCCGCAGAGUUCAGCCCAAGGAGCUGGGGCAGAAGAUGCUGUACCGGGACCAGAACAUGACCGGCUGGGCCUACAAAAAGAUCGAGGUGGAGGACCUCAGGUUUCCUCUGGUCUGUGGGGAGGGCAAAAAGGCGAGGGUGAUGGCCACCAUUGGGGUGACUCGGGGCUUAGGAGACCACAACCUCAAGGUCUGCAGUUCCACCCUGCCCAUCAAACCCUUUCUUUCCUGUUUCCCUGAGGUGCAAGUGUAUGACCUAACACAGUACGAGCACUGCCCGGAUGAUGUACUGGUGCUGGGAACAGAUGGCCUGUGGGAUGUCACCAGUGACCACGAAGUAGCUGCCACUGUGGAUAAAGUGCUGUCUGCCUAUGAGCCCAAUGACUCUAGCAGGUACACAGCUGUGGCCCAAGCUCUGGUCCUGGGGGCCCGGGGUACCCCCCGGGACCGUGGCUGGCGUCUCCCCAACAACAAGCUGGGUUCCGGGGAUGACAUCUCUGUCUUCGUCAUCCCCCUGGGAGGGCCAGGCAGUUACUCCUGAGGGACUCACCCCCAUUCGUAGGCCCCCUUCCCCAAGCCUCUCCUUGCGCACCCACUCCAGUCCCCAUUCGGAAGGAAGCCACCUCCCUGGCCCUUCUUGAGUGACCACUUCACUGAUGAAGUGGGUCGAUUAGAUCCAAAAUUACAGCUAUUGACAAAUAAAUGAGAUGGUUAAAGUUG